AUGAGUGGUUUACGCAAUACCAUAAAGGGUGGGUGGCACCCUGAAGGCAAGGAUGGUGGAAAAGAGAGUUGGCGUGGUGAUUUUAAAGGCGUUAACCAAGUGGCUGGGUGGAUGGGAAAGGGCAAGGAAGGCGACUCCUCUAGCUCUGGACAGGGCUCCUCAUCACAGGGGGGUAUUAGAAGCUCCGUGGCUGGGUUGAUGGGAAAGGGCAAAGAAAGCGACUCCAACCGCCAGGGCUCAUCACAGGGCGGUAUCAGGGGCCAAGUGGCUGGCUGGAUGGGCAAGGGCAAUGAAUCCAACCCCAGCCGCUCCGAUCAUGUUUCACAGCCAUUGUCGGCCCUGAAAGACCCAUCUUCCUUUGGACCACCUCCCAAGCAUAUAAAUUACCAUGGAGCGGCCGCGGUGCCAAAUCAGACAACACCAGACCGCCGGGGUUUGGGAGCUCCGCUAUCUCAGGACCAAAUAAACGCCCAGGAAGCCCAUGGACGGGAAGUAGCGGAAGCAGAGGAGGAACAAUUCCAAAAGCCUGCCCCACCUCCGGUCCCAUAUCGCGUCGACACAAGCGGCCUUUCUACAGACCAUCUCCCUCCACCACCAGUACGGCGACUAGACUCGGCAAGUUCCGCCUCAAGCUCAAUAUCAAAGUCAAAACCACCGAAGCCCCCGCCUCGACUUCCUGCACGCAAUGGAUCCCCGAGCUCCGACGCCCCGCCUGCUUAUUCCCCUGCACCUGUACUCUCCCACGAUUAUAUCAAUCAAGAUGCUACGUCCCGCCUAGCCAACGCGGGAGUCUCGGUGCCUGGAUUUGGAAUCGGUCGUGAGAAAUCUUCGUCGCCAGCACAUACGCCUGUCAAUGAGCUGCAGUCGCGCUUCUCCCGGAUGAAUACCUCGGGAUCUCCAUCAGAACCCACCCCGCCUGCUCAAGCCUCGACGAACAUCGAACCGCAAUCUGCGAGCAGCACGUCGUCUGUCCAGAACUUCCGCGAGCGCCACGCAGGUACCAUCGACUCGGGGAAACAGAAGUAUGGGGACUUCCGUGAGCGUCAUGCAGAUACCAUCGAUACAGGCAAACAGAAAUACGGUGACUUCCGUGAGCGCCACGCGGAUUCAAUCGAUUCAGGUAAACAGAAGUUGAGUGGUUACGCGUCGCGGUUCACUGGCUCCUCUCCAGCAGCGCCUACCCCACCAGCCCGGCCCACGUCUAAUGCUUCUAGCAUGAACUUGGAACCGGCCGAGCCCGCGCGGGGCUCAUCAUCUGUGCAAGAUUUCCGUGAACGCCAUGCCGACAAGAUCGACAUGGGUAAGGAGAAGUGGGGUGGGGUCACCUCGCGCUUUAACACAUUUGUGGAGGACCGGAAGUUCUCCGCGGAUGCCAACAAACGGAUUCCACGCCCACCUCCUCGUCCCAUCUCCACUGCCCAGUCGAACUCUCCAGUGGCAUCACCCACAGAGCCCGAUAUUCAAACUCAAGCCCAACGCAAGAAGGCCCCUCCCCCACCUCCUAAACGGGCUGAAUUUCGUGCGUCACCUGUUGACGCUUCAUCGCCAUCACUCUCAGGACCUCCACCCGUUCCCCAUAGCACCAAGCCUCGUUAA